GACAGCCAGCAUCUCAGUAAGCUUCGAGCAACGGUGGGGGUCACGUUGCGUCGCGCGUCAUGGCGGUCACGGUCUUGGCUCUCGUGUCCCUCCUGGUGCCCGCCCUCCUGGCCUCCCCCUCCGUGUACUUCCCCCCGGACGUCAACAAGAGUCCCGGGCCGUACCCCCUCAAGCCCACGGACCAUCCGCGCCCCUCCUUCAAGUCCUACACCCUCGUCCCGACGCCCCCCACACGCCCCGCACAUACGCCCAAGAACAAGCCGCACCCUGGUCUUCGCAAGCCAGCCUCUCCCCCGCCCCGGCACGCCCAUCGCCCGCUGUCCAGGAAGCACGCCAGCACACGCCGCCCCACGCCCAGCCCUAUCCCCACACUGCCGCCGCAGGCCCCCAGACACGCCCCGCCCACGUACUACCUCCACGGAGUGUACUCGUCCUACCCAGCCCACAUCUCGCUGCCCCGCUCCAGCGCACGCCCCGGCUUCCCGACACACAUCGUUUACUCCCUCGUGCCCCCGGAGCACCAGGACCUGUCCUACAUCACCUACGAACGCACCGUGCCCGCCUGCGCCGCCAACACCACCAAGCCGUGGUGCCUCGAGGACGCCGAGUACCCGCUAAACGAGAUCCGACACGCCGCCGAGUACCACUACGAGAAGCUGCUGUCCCUGUACGCCGACGUGGCGGACCUCAACACGGAGCUGUCGGCGGAGCGGCCCGACACCCUGGACGAGGAGACGUACCUCUGCCCCUCCGCCACCGCCUACGUCAGGCCGCUGCGCGCCGUCAACACGGAAGGCAAGUGGCGCGUCAUCGUCAACGGCAUCAAGGUCCACUACGAGACCCUGACGCAGACCACGCGCCUCGAGGAGUGCCUCAAGGAGGGCUACGCCUGCCCGCUGGUGCCCGAGUGCUACGAGUCCAAGUGCCUCCAGAAGUCCAUCUACCACCGCUUCCUCGUCUUCGAUCCCGACGACGAGCACUUCCCUUUCGUCGUGGACACCUUCAGGGUGCCCGCCAGCUGCGCCUGUCUCCUUGGCGCAUAACAACAUUAAGUUCCUCGCAGUGUCAUCUUUGUGAUAAAGG